AUAAAUUGUUAUAACUAACCAAGAAGCUUCCUUGUAAAUUCCAAAUUCCAUCUCUCUCUUUCAUUACUUCAUCUUCUUCAUUCUUCAUGAAAAAUCAAAGAUGCAAAAGAUUGAAACAAACAGAGAUCCAAUUACCAAAUCUCACUCCCUAAUCUCACCAUCUCCCAAAAAUUCUUUCUCUUCCUCUUCCUCUUCUGAUUUUGAAUUCACCAUUUCAAUCUCCCCUCGCAAAUCCUCCAUCGCUCUAUGUCCCGCCGAUGAGCUCUUCUGCAACGGCCACCUUCUGCCUCUCCACUCUCGUCGGAACUCCCUCGUUCCCACGCUUCUCUCUUCCUCCAGCACCUCCUCCUCCGUCGACUCUGCCACUACCACCACCACCUCUCGCGACUCCACCGGUAGCUCCUCCACCGACUCCUCCCGCUCUUCCUCCCAAAACGACCCCACCCGUCCUACCAGUUCCGACGCCGCCGCCGAUCUCAACACCAGAAUCCGACACCGUCAUGAUAAGAAAUGCAAACAGUUCUCUUUUUCCAGAUUCUCGUCGGUUUUCAGAAAAGAACCGAAGAAUAUUAAUAAUGUUAAAACACAUGGUGGUGAUUCCAAGCCUCCACGUGUUAAAGGGAUUGGAUCCACUGCUAAACAAGUGAUAAAGAAAUACUUCAGAAAAGUUCAGCUGAAAAUUGGGUCCAAAUCCUGCCACUCGUCAGCCACUCCGCCGCUUGCGACGGAAUCCCGAAAUGAUAGUUUGUUAACUUCCGGCACGACUGAGGAAAGCAGCAGAUUCUCCCUCUCAUUUUCAGGAAACUUAAGGUAUCCACGUGGGAGAAGCAACCACUUACCAAGUUGCCCGUCUUCGACACGGUCCUCACCGAGUCACUCCGGCGUGCUCCGACGAGGAGGCGUACAAAGCAUGAGUUCUGUUAGUGGCUACGGAUCGUCAUACUCUGCCGACAUGUCAUCGAUGGAAGAACUCCACAGUGCAAUCCAAGGCGCCAUUGCUCACUGCAAAAACUCACUAAUCCAUAACAAGAACAGUACCAUCAACAACGCCAACGAGUCGUCCUUAAGCUGAAUCAGCCCACACUACAAUUUCAUACUAGAAUUACUCCUGUAAUAUCCUCUAGGGUAUUUUUUGACCUAGCUCUACGUGUUCCGAUGAAGUUUUAUAAACAAAUUAAAAUGGUGUAUUAAUCUUAAUUGUGUAUUUUUAUUGGCGGCAUUAUAUAUUAAUCAUAUGCAAGUAGAGUUUUCUUUGGGGAUGAGAUGUAACUUGUAAGAUAUAUAAAUGUGUGACAUUAAAUGUUGGCAUCAUGAUCAUAUGCUUGCCCUUUUUGUAAGUGAUUGUUUUAUUUUUCUCAAGAAACUCCAAAAUUGCUAUUGGGUCAA